AUGGCACCUGCCAUGCCUAUGCUAAUGGUUCCGCCGUGGCCCGCAGCCCAGGGGCUCCUCCAGAACUGUUGGGAGCAACUGCAGCGGAAACUUCGGCAGAGCCGGCCAGGCUUUCCCAGUCCUCAAUGGGGACCAGCGUUAGCGGUACAAGGUCCAGCUAUAUUUACAGAACCAGCAAAUGAUACCAAUGGAAGGAAGGAGAUUUCCAGUUUUUUGGAGAGCAUCUUUUGGAUGGCAGCUCCCAAAGACAGACGCAGCAUUGAAGUUAACAGGUGUAGGAGAAGAAACCCUCAUAAGCUUAUUAAAGUUAAGAACAAUAUAGACGUUUGUCCUGAAUGCGGUCACCUGAAACAGAAACACGUCCUCUGUGGCUAUUGCUAUGAGAAGGUGUGUAAAGAGACAGCGGAAAUCAGAGGACUGAUAGGGAAGCAAGAGGGAGCCACUUUCAAGGCUCCUACCGUGGAGAUCAUGGUGCUGUACUUGGGGGAGACACCCUCCGAGCAAGAUCAGGGUAAGAGGAUCAUUGAGAGAGAACGGAAGUGGCCAUCCUGGUUCACCCAGAAUUGACACCAAACAUGUUUCGAGAGGAUAA